UCGUAUAAAUACCCCAUUCCACUCCUUUGACUAAAAACGUUCUCACCUUCCCUUUUCUUCUUUCUGUUUUCUCCAUACAAAUUUCCAAGUUAAACCCACCAAAUUUAAGAUUUUUCAUCCUUUUGAAUUAAAAAUGUAUGGAAUUGAAGAAUAUGAAAAUGACUAUGCCCUUCUUGAAUCAAUUAAGUGUCACUUACUUGAUGAUUGGGAUACUACUCCAGUAACAAGCUCCGACAAUUCAACGACCUCAAUUUACAGCAGAAACAAUAGCAUUGAGUCCAACAUGUUUCCUAAUUGCUUGCCCAAUGAAUUUGAUAAUACAGCUGAUACGUUUCUUCACGAUAUUCUUAAUGAAGGCAUUGGCUAUGGAUUUGAACCAGCUUCUGAUCCUACAAUUCUCAAUAUCAAAUUGGAGCCUGAAAUUUCAGUACAAUCACCUGAAGUAUGGAAUUUUACAAAUUUUACAGAAUUUGUGGCUCCACCGGAGACGGCGGCGGAGAUGAAAGUGGAACCACCUGUAUGGACGAGAACGGCGACAGCGCCGCCAAAGGCGAAGCAUUAUAGGGGAGUGAGAGUGAGGCCGUGGGGGAAGUUUGCAGCGGAAAUUAGGGAUCCAGCGAAGAAUGGGGCAAGGGUAUGGCUGGGUACGUAUGAGACGGCGGAGGAUGCAGCGUUUGCUUAUGAUAAGGCGGCGUUUCGCAUGCGCGGGUCACGUGCAUUGCUUAAUUUUCCGUUAAGGAUUAAUUCUGGUGAACCUGAUCCCAUUAGAGUUGGUUCGAAAAGAUUAUCAACGUCGCCGGAGCAUUCUUCUUCGUCGCCGAAGAAGAGGAAACAGAAUGGGUCGGGUCGGUAUACCCAACUGGGUGCUAACCAGUUAUAAAACCUUUGUGCUGCUUUUAAGAGUUCUAAUCAAAUCUUUGGCAGUAGUUGAAUGAAUUAUCAUUGGGAAUUAAUAUCUGUAAUGAUGAAAUUAAUCUUUUAUAUCCAAUUAAUGAUGUAAUUCAGUUUAAUUACCCAGAGAUAGAGAAGUCAAAUGUAUGUAUUUAAAUAAGAAAAAGUCACUUUUCAUUUUGUCA